CUUUGAAUAACUUGUGCUUGCAAGCAAUCUUAAUGAGUAAGCAAUUAUUGACUAUCCAUAUAUAAAUACAAAACCCACUGUCUCUACCAAAAAAAUAAUAAUAGAAAACCCAGUGAUCCACACCCACACCACCAGAACCGUUUCCGAAGCUUGAAAAUGAUGAGACUCCAAUCUCUCGUUUUUCUCCUCUUUCUUCUAACAACCGCCUCCUCGGCUGCGAGAUCUGUUCCCGGCGGUUGGAGUCCCAUCGAUAACAUCAACGAUCCUCACAUUACCGAAAUCGCCAAUUACGCCGUCACAGAGUACGACAAACGAAGUGGUGCGAAGCUGAAGUUUGAGAAAGUCAUCAAAGGUGAAUCACAGGUUGUUGCAGGAACUAACUACCAUCUCACUCUUUCCGCUGCCGACGGUUCUGAUUCUAACAAUUAUGAAGCAUUUGUGUAUGAGAGGGUAUGGCAGCAUUUCAGGAAUCUCACUUCCUUUGAACCUGUACAUGCUUGAAUCGUUAAUUAUGAUGUUAUAACAUCAUUUCCUUGUAUGAAUUUUUAUUUAUUUAUACCAAUAAAACUUUAUAUUAUAUUUUCUAAA